UCUCAACAACUGAUACAGCGUCAAUCCUACACACAAUGUUGUCAACAUUGGUAUAUGUCUUAGCCGGUCUGGCUAGCGGCACUGCUGCUCAGUCUAUCAUCACAGAUGACACCUUCUUCUAUGGCCAAUCACCACCGGUAUACCCUUCGCCCAAUGGCACGGGUUCCGGAGACUGGGCCAACUCCUAUACCAAGGCUCGAGCUCUCGUAGCUAAGUUGACCUUGGAGGAGAAGGUCAACCUUACGGGAGGUAUUGUUGCAGACAGCUCUUGCUCUGGCAUCAUUCCCCCUAUCGAGAGAGUCGGUUUCGGUGGUCUCUGUGUUAGCGAUGCUGGUAAUGGAGUACGUACUACCGACUUUGCAUCGAGUUGGGCUGCGGGUAUCUCUGUUGGUGCCAGUUGGAACCGAGACUUGGCCAGCAAGAGAGCUGUUGGAAUGGCUAAGGAAUUCCGUGCUAAAGGAGUUCACAUGGCCCUUGGACCCGUGGUGGGACCUUUGGGUCGCAUUACUAACAGCGGAAGAAACUGGGAAGGCUUCUCAAAUGACCCUUACCUAUGUGGAGUCUUGGCAGCAGACACCAUCAAAGGUGUUCAAUCCAUGGGUGUCUCAACAAGCACUAAGCACUUCAUCGGCAAUGAGCAAGAGACGAACCGAAACCCCGAAGGCAAUGUCUCGUCAGUGUCUGCUAACAUUGACGACAAGACCAUGCACGAGUUGUACCUCUGGCCCUUCCAAGAUGCUGUCAAGGCCGGCACCGUGAAUAUUAUGUGCUCCUACAACCGAGUCAACAACAGUUACGGCUGCGCCAACAGCAAGAACCUGAACGGACUCUUGAAGACCGAGCUAGGUUUCCAGGGAUUCGUCGUAUCUGAUUGGUAUGCUCAGCAUGCCGGCGUUGCCACAGCUUUGGCUGGAUUAGAUAUGGUGAUGCCUUACGGCUCUGACUUCUGGGGUGCCAACCUGACCCAGGCCGUCACGAACGGAAGUCUUGCAGAGACUAGACUGGAUGAUAUGGCCACAAGAAUUAUCGCAACUUGGUACAAGAUGGGCCAAGACAAGGAUUUCCCGACUAUCGGCGUAGGAAUGCCAUACGACCUCUCGGAAUCUCACCAACGAAUCAUCGCCAAGUCGCCUGAUGCCAAGCAAAUUCUCCUGCAGGGAGCAGUCGAAAGCCACGUCCUAGUAAAGAACGUCAACAACGCGCUUCCCCUAAAAUCGCCUAAGCUCAUCUCCCUAUUCGGAUACUCUGCGAAAUCCUUCGAUCAGUACACACCUGGAUCCGGCGGUUGGAACCUUGGAAUGCAGCCCCUGGCGCCUCAGGAUGUGCUCACUGACGGUGACGACAACGUUAUACACACCCAAAUUGCCCUGAACGGUACCUUGAUCACCGGCGGUGGAUCAGGAGCCAACAUGCCCGCAUACGUUAGCUCUCCCUACGAAGCUUUGAGCCAGCGCGCCUACGACGACGGCACUAGUCUAUGGUGGGACUUCCAUGACAGCAACCCCGCAGUCGACCAGGCCACCGACGCCUGCAUCGUUAUUGGUAACGCUUAUGCUUCCGAAAGCUGGGACAGACCCGGUCUACACGACGAUUACACCGAUGCUCUUAUCCAGAACGUCGCCGCGAACUGCAGCAACACGAUUGUAGUGUUCCACAACGCCGGUGUCAGACUUGUCGACCAGUUUAUCGACCACCCUAACGUAACGGCGCUCAUCUUCGCGCAUCUCCCCGGACAAGACUCUGGUCGUGCCCUGACCUCGAUCCUAUACGGCGAUGUCAACCCCUCGGGCAAGUUGCCGUAUUCCGUUCCUCGCAACGAGUCCGACUUCGGCAUCCUGAAGAACCAGACCUACCCUGACGGCAUUUACUCCCUUUUCCCUCAAUCCGACUUCUCCGAGGGCGUCUACAUCGACUACCGCGCUUUCGACGCCAAGAACAUCUCGCCUCGCUACGAGUUCGGUUUCGGUCUCAGCUACACCACCUUCGGCUACUCCGGCCUCAAGGUAUCCAAGACCAAGGGUGUCGACACCUCUUCCUACCCUUCCAAGACCAUCCUCGAGGGCGGCCAGCAAGAUCUCUGGGACAUCGUCGCCACGGUUUCCGCGACCGUCACGAAUACUGGCAAGAUCGCCGGUGCCGAAGUCGCGCAGCUGUACGUCGGAAUCCCCAACGGCCCCGUCAAGCAACUCCGUGGUUUCGAGAAGCCCGUUCUCAAGCCUGGCCAGUCGGCUACCGUCAACUUCAGCCUGACCCGACGAGAUCUAAGCACCUGGGACGUCACAGCCCAGAAGUGGCUUCUCCAGAAGGGCGGCUACAAGAUCUCGGUCGGAGCAAGCAGCCGAAAUCUGCCUCUGACGGGCACUUUGACGAUUUAAAGUCGUUCGAGUUAUUUCUCCCCUCUAAUGUUUUUAUGCUCGCAGUCUAUUGCCUGUUGGUAAUGUUUAAAAAAGGGGGAAUUGAUAUACUAUACGUGGGAGGCAGUCAGCUAGAUUCGCAUAUGGUCUAGUCUGGCUUUUAAUUCCUCGACGCGGGACCUUCUUGGUAAACGCGAUAUUACUAUUAUUAUGAUAGAAUAAUACCA